AUGGAGUCCGCUAAUAACGUUGUUGCGCCAUUUGUUAUGAAGACAUAUCAAAUGGUGAAUGAUCCAGCGACGAAUGGAAUUAUUUCAUGGGGAAGAGGAAACAAUAGUUUUCUCGUUCUGGAUCCUAUGGAUUUUUCGCAGAGGAUUUUACCGGGUUACUUCAAGCACAACAAUUUCUCAAGCUUUAUUCGUCAGCUCAAUACCUAUGGUUUCAAAAAGGUAGAUCCAGACAGGUGGGAGUUUGCAAAUGAAUGGUUUCUACGAGGACAGACUCAUUUGUUGAAGAAUAUAUUGAGGAGAAAGAAUGCUAAUAAACACUGCGUUUCGCAUCCUGAACACACAGAAAAUGAAGAUGAGGAGCUAUUUAUGGACAUUGCAAAGUUAAAGCAAGAACAGAAGACCUUAGAACAAAAGCUUGAAAGCAUGAAUAAGAGGUUAGAAGCAACAGAGAGGAGACCACAACAAAUGUUGUCUUUUUUGUACAAAGUUGUCCAGGAUCCAGAGAAUUUACCUCGCAUGAAUCUUGAAAAGGAAAAUUUGAAAAGAUUGAGUUGUAAUAACGGUGAAAAGAAGAGAAGGCUCAUUAUGAAUUCAGCUACUUCAUCACAUUCUUUAUCAGGAAUGGAUUUGUCAAAUUUUUCUGUCAAGACCGAGUACAAACAAGAAGGUGCUGCACGAGAAGAAAUAUCGAAAAUAUUCUCCCCUGAUGCAAACUUGGAUGUCGAUAAGGGUUACAAGUCUUCUUCAUCGCUGGAGGCAUCAUCCCCUGAGUGGGUGAGCCAAACAUCGAUUACUGAUACGCCUGUUAUCAACCAAAAACCUGAGAAUUGUGCCAGCAUUUCUAGUUCUUCGACGAUAGGUUCAUGUGACGGAAAUGGUGGUUUCGUAGUUGCACCACUAGUUAAUGGUAUUGCUUGGUAUAAUAAAAGGGGUGGAAUGAACUCCAGUUACCCUGAAGGGGUUUUGGAUAGGGAGGAUGCUAGUCAGCCACCAGCAUAUCCAUUCUCUCUGUUUGGUGGUGGUCUUUAG